AGCGUCGCUUCACGGUCACCACGGAGAGAGGGAUGGGUCUUUAAUACUACAAGAAUACUUCUGUGCCCCUUCCCGCGCAGUUUCAACGUCAAACUAUCAUGGCAGUCUGCGGGAAACGAUUCUCUGUCGUUUCAAAAGCGACUCUACCAACUUUUAACGUGUGUGCGUCCACGUUUUAGUGCUCUGAUCUUUCUUAGCAUGAGAGAUAAAGAUUAGUUAGCAUGAUAGCGAGCUAGCGACCCAACCUCAGCAUCACCUUGCGACCACACCUCCCAGUGACAGUGUGGCUGCAGGUUCCUAAGCAGACAUGGGCAAACUACAGAGCAAGUUUCGUAAGAGGUCUGAGCUCUACAGGACCUCUCAGGGGGAGAAGGCUGAUAGUACCUUUGACAGUCAGAUCUUGCAGUAUGAACCUGCCCAUCAUGGAUCCAUAAACACGGUGACAAGCCUCAGCCCAGAUCUCUGUGUUUCUGGUGGGAGUGACCAGGCUGUUGUGGUGUAUGAUUGGAAACAAGGCCGGAUGUGUCAGUCUUUCCAGGGUCACAACCGAGAGGUUACCAAGGUGCUUUGCUAUCCAGGGAGUACAUGGAUCUUUAGUGCCUCACGGGACAAAACUGUUCUGAUGUGGGACCUAAACCAGGGAGAUGAACCUAUUCAGGAAUUUUGUGGGCAUGAGUUGGUCGUCAACGGACUAGCUAUCAGCCCUGAUGGGAGAAAGCUGUGCACUGGCUCUCGUGACAACUGGAUGUGCCUGUGGGAUAUAGAAUCUGCAAAAUGUGAACAGAGACACAACAUCUCCAGAAACCUGGUGACUCAUGUAUGUUGGGUCCCUGCCAGCUCCUCUAUAGUUCAGACCUCCGAGGAUAAAACUAUAAGGGUGUGGGACAGUAGAACAUGGCAAGUGACCAAUACUUUUCCAGCCAAGCAGUACAUUCAAACCCACUGUGAUGUUUCUCCAAAUGGUCACUACUUGGUGUCCAGCAGCAACGGCUUUGGAGGCCAGGGUUGUGAAGCCACGCUCUGGGAUCUGCGUCAGCCUGGUUGUAAAGUUGUGGAGUAUAGAGGCCAUCUUCAGACGACUGCCUGCUGCAUGUUUCUUCCUGUGUCUCAUGGUGGCACUGCUUGGGUAGCAACAUCUUCCCAUGACAGCUCUGUCAAAAUUUGGGAUCAGAAUACGGCAGUCUGUUUAGGCACGCUGUUUCUGGAUGGUGCUGGUCCACUGGUUUCUCUGGCUCCCAGUGAUUCUGUCAAUCUGCUGUGUGCCAGUUUCAACACCGGUCUCCAUCAUAUCCAAGUGGACCAAGGAUCACACCAGGCCCAGGGUUCUGGUGCAGGUUCUGGUGGAAUAGGAAGCCUAGACAUUAGAGUUGUGGCUCGUUUCUGACAUCACAGAACAGCCGGUUGUGACUUGUAAAACUGACCUAUGAACAGCCGGCCAUUCAGCAGCUGUUGUCGCUGGAUUUUUCUUUUUUCUUUUUUACCAUUUUUCACGUUUAUAUAGACAUUAUUGCUUGACUAGACUGCCAUACAAAGAAUAAUGUAAGAAUGAUAAGACGUUUGUAACAAAAGGAGCAGAUGAAGAUGUGUGGAGGAUGCACGUUUGUCCAGCAGUGAACACCCAUGGAUAAUUAUCUAAGCUACUCAUCUGCAGGAGCUUUUUACUUGAGAAGAACACAGGGUCCAUCAUCAUUGGAAUUGUUUUGGUGUUGAAUUGUUUGUAGUCAAUUUUUAAAAACCACCUGGUGAAAUAGGGGCUUUAAAGGCUUUUGUGUGGUUUGAGGCACCGUAGCAGUGACCUGGUUGGUGAUCCAGUCUUACCUGGAGUGUUGCCUUCUUGGACUAACGGGCAAUAAGUGGGAUUUACUAGAUUUAAUACAUUGCCUCAACCUACCAAGUGUGCUGACUACAGGCUAACAGGACAACGUGACGUUCAUAUUAACUGGUAAUGGCUUUAAACCAAAGACAUUUCCAGCACCAGAGGUUGCUCCUUGACUUUGGUGAUAACUAACCACAUAUCUAGAUACACUGUUAAUACACUGUGUGUAUUUCAGCGGUAAACUUGACAGAGAAAAUACAACACUGCCCGAACUUCAGUACUUCCAUUGGCCGAACAAGCCUCUGAUUAAUUUCAUGUUCAUUAUCUUAUUAUUAUUGUGUGAUAUUCAAGCAACAAUUUACUUUUUAAAUUUAGGCUUAUACUAACAGUUUGGAAGCAUUACUGGAAAAGAAAAAGAAACUGUUUGGUGAGCUGUUAUUUGUCAUGAAUCAUGAACUGGAAGCCAAGAGUAUGGAACAGUUUUGUUUUUGUGGAUGUAUUUUUGUAGCUACAGUCAUGAUUUGUGAUUUUGUUUGUAAGACAAGUCAUAAAGUGACCAAAAAGAUAUAAUGAAGAAUAUUUUUCAUUUUAGCUUUUACUUUGUUUUCGAUUGAUUGAUUGUAGACCAGAUGGGGUGGCCAACGUCGGUCCUCAAGAGCCACAAUCCUGCAUGUUUUCCAUGCAUCCCUGCACCGACACA